UUUACUGCAUGCUGCCUAUACACGGCCCUUUGCACGUGACUGUGAGCGCCGGCAGUGGGGUGUCUUCGGCCGUUUGAUGUCAAACAGCGCCGGUUCUGAAUCAAAAGUGACUCCUAAAUCUCGGUAGGAUAAGGGCACAGAUAUGACGAUCGAUUUGUAUCAAACCAGCGGCAGUCCACCCUGUCGUACAGUACGUAUGGUGGCGAAAGUUCUGGGUGUUCCUCUGAACGUCAAAGACCUCGAUCUGGCCGGAAAAGCGAAUCACAAGCCGGAGUUCGUCAAGCUGAACCCUUUCAAGAAGGUCCCUACCCUUGUCGACGAUGGAUUUGCUGUAUACGAGAGUAAUGCUAUAGUGUACUACCUGAUCAACAAGUAUGCACCAGACACUCCGCUCUACCCGAAGUGCCCAAAAGCCCGCGCCAAGGUGGACAGCGUUUUGGCGACGAUUACGAGUAAUAUACAGCCACACUACUUCGGCUUUUUUAGGCCGCGUUUCUACGAGCUCAGAAAGCCGACACCGGAAGAGUUGGUGAAACUGGAAGAAAAUGUGCUACGUGGAUUUGAGCAUCUCGUUGGAGACGGAAAAUACGCGGUCGGUGAUUCGCUUACCGUGGCUGAUGUUGCCCUGGUAGUCUACUUGUCCACGCCACUAGAGCUGAAGUUCGCCAGCCCAGAGCAAUUCCCCAAGUUGGCAGGCUACUACGAAAGAAUCAAACAGGAACUGCCGGGCUACGAAGAAAUCAACCGUCCUGGAUUAGAACGCAUGAUAAAGCGGAUUGAGCAACUUAGCGCCAAGGUUUACCCUCUACGUGUGAACAACAUGUCCCUCGACCUGUACCACAUGGAGAGCAGCCCCCCUUGUCGAGCGGUGCGGAUGGUCGCGAAGCACCUCAAUAUCGCCCUCAAUCUUAUCCCCGUCAACGUCAUGGCUGGAGAACAUCAGAAGCCGCAGUUCAAAAAGAUCAACCCUCAAGGCGUGUUGCCCACACUGGUUGACAACAGCUUCAUCCUUUGGGAAAGCCGGCCAAUCCUGACGUAUCUGGUGAACAAGUUCGUGCCUCAUAGUCCCCUGUACCCCAGCGACCCACAGCUGAGAGCCACAGUGGAACGUUUCCUUCAUUUCGAUAUUGGCACGUUGUUCAGCACCACGAAAGAAACACUAUAUCCGGUGCUCUUUGGCGGGACACUCGAAGCUGGCAAGGACAAGCCCCUGGUGGAAGCCCUCAACUUACUCGACACCUUCCUGUACGACCAGAGAUAUCUAGUCGGAGAUGAUGUCACAGUUGCCGACAUCUCCAUCCUGGCUACCCUUACUUUAACGGAGGUACUAUUCAAAGUUGCUGACUACGACUUGAGUCCUUUCAAGAACGUCUCGGCUUACUACGAUCGGCUCAAGGCGGAACUUCCGUAUUACGAGGAAAUCAACGACUUGGGAAUCCAGCAAUUCAAGGCGAUGCGCAAAGGAGGAAAGUAA